AUGUCAAGUUUUGGCCGUUUCUUUACUGUCACCACCUAUGGUGAAUCACAUUGUAAAUCUGUGGGCUGUAUUGUGGACGGUGUGCCUCCGGGAAUGAGCCUCACAGAAGAGGAUAUCCAGCCACAGCUGAGCAGAAGAAGACCAGGUCAAUCGAAGCUCUCUACGCCAAGAAAUGAAAAAGACAGAGUGAUGAUUCAGUCGGGGACUGAGUUCGGCAAGACAUUGGGCUCGCCCAUUGGUAUGCUGGUCUUGAAUGAGGACCAAAGACCUCACGACUAUAGCGAAAUGGAUUUAUACCCUAGACCAUCCCACGCAGACUUCACCUACUUGGAGAAGUACGGCGUGAAAUCGUCGUCUGGUGGGGGUCGUUCAUCCGCGAGAGAAACCAUCGGCCGCGUGGCCGCUGGUGCGAUCGCAGAGAAGUUUUUGAAACAACUCUCUAACGUCGAGAUUGUAGCGUUUGUCUCUCAGAUUGGUGUCAUCAAGAUGAACCGCGACCCUCUGGAUGCCAAAUUUCAGCACGUCUUGAACACUAUUACGAGAGAAAAAGUAGACAGCAUGGGUCCAAUUAGAUGCCCCGACUCCUCGGUCGCUGAAGCCAUGGUUCACGAAAUCGAGAAAUACAGAGGUAACAAAGAUUCCAUCGGUGGUGUCGUCACUUGUGUCGUCAGGAACGUUCCUAUUGGUUUGGGAGAGCCUUGCUUCGACAAGCUCGAGGCUCUGUUAGCGCAUGCUAUGUUGUCGAUUCCUGCUUCCAAGGGGUUCGAGAUUGGCUCCGGUUUUGAAGGUGUCCAGGUGCCAGGUUCGCAACACAACGAUCCCUUUUAUUUCGAUGAGGAGACCAAGAAGCUUCGUACCAAAACGAACAACUCUGGCGGUGUCCAAGGUGGUAUUUCGAAUGGUGAAAACAUUUACUUUUCGGUUCCUUUCAAGUCUGCUGCUACCAUUUCUCAGGAACAGAACACAGCCACAUACGAGGGUGCCCAUGGUGUACUAGCUGCUAAAGGAAGACACGACCCAUCUGUGACACCUAGAGCCGUGCCAAUUGUGGAAGCUAUGACUGCUCUAGUGCUAGCGGAUGCUGUGAUGGUGCAGAAGUCACGUGAAUUUGGUAAAAAUAUUGUUAGUUAG